UUGUGCUAUGCUGAUGACUCCCAUGUUGCUGGGACCCCUUUUAGAUGUGGAUGUAGAUAUGAUGUCUUCAUGACUUCAGGAGUUGUUGGUUUGUGGUUUGGUGUUAAGAGGUCUGUGCAGUUCAGGCCGCUGACCUCACUGGGAAUGAAGCCACAUGUGAUGUGUUGGUAAGUGGAAGAGGCUGGCAGACUUAUGAUGCAACCUUUUUUAGUUUUAUUGUUCAUCUGCUGACAGAGAUAAGCUAUAGGUACCUUUUCAUGGUACGGACCCCGUGAUGUACAUUUCUAUAUUUCACUUGUAUGACUGUGAGAUUUUAUUAGUUUAUAUUAGAGAGUAGAUUUUAAAAGCUAGCUGAACAUAUAUUUCUUUUUGCAUUCAUAUUUAAUAUGUGGUGAAAAUUCAUUACUCGACAGGACAUUUUAAAGAUGAUGUGGUGUAAUACAUACAAUAACUACUCACCAAACUUUAACUCCGCCUCCCAGCCAAACAAGUUAAAUGUUCAUUAAUUACAUCACUAGUUGCAUGUGGUUUGUGUUGCAUGACUGAUUUUGUUAAAUGAAUACAGUAUUUUUACUUUUUUUGAUGGACACACUGUUUGAAUUAGUCACAAAUGUAGCUUUCUUACACUCCGCUUUAAAAAUACACGCAUAUUCAAACUUAAUUGAGUGUAAUUUGUGGGAUAUGAUUCAGAAAUAAGCACCUCUUUUUUCACAACAAUCUCACAUGUGGUCAAAGGUUCCCUUUGUUCACUACCCAAAAUGUCGUUCUUGGUUCCAAGGCUGAGUUUACGUUUAACUUGCGUGUUUAAUGGGCCUUAUUUACCCCCAAUUUUCUUAAUGUUUUGGCUUAGAGUGCAUUUCCAACGGUUCUCACAUAUGUGAACAAAUUUAGAAUCUGAGGAUAAUUACUGUGAAGCACGUUGCUCUUCCCAGAUACAUUUUGCUAGAAGCUUCCUGCAUCUUCCUGGUUCACUUAGUAAUCACCACACAGGUAUCUGGCACCGCGGCUCCAAAGAAAAGUUUAGCCCUGCCAAAUAAUCCCCAUUUUCCCCCGUGUUGUACUGCUUUCAGACAAACUGUUUUUGAACUUGCUGAAUCAUUCUCAAGCAGUAGUUGUAACUUUUUCUUUUUUUUUUUGUCUUGGCUUAAAGACUGUUACCCAUGAUGCCCUAUUUUCUGUGACACCUCUGGAUUGCUUGUGCCAUUCCCUGGCAUGAACUAGACACUGCGAUGCGAGAGGGACUCUGGGGCGUUGUGGUCAGGGAAACAGACCAGAGCACGGAUUUGAAACCAACAGAAAGGAACAUCUCAAGAAGAGUUAUGUGUCCCUGUUAUCAUCCAUUCUUAAAACUCUGUCGUGGGACCAAGAAAAUUACAGUAUGAAGAUGGGAUUAUGGGAUUUCUCAUACAAAUGGAUUUGGAGGAAAAAAAUAAGCAACCUGUAAUUAUGGCAUUUUAUAUUUAAUGUUCAUUCCCACAUAGUAGACAGUCCUUGGCGUAGAAGGAAAAAAAAGAUGAAACAAAAUCUUGAAGAGGGGCUCUGUUCCACAAAAGGCCCAUUCCGUCCAUGUCCAAGGACACUUUUCGCCCAUCAGUGGUUCUGACAGUUGAGUGAGACUUUAUGGUUCUUCACAUCAUACAUGGCACAUGUGUAGUAAGAUUCUAUGUUAACCUUUCAGAAGUUUGGUUGUAUUAACGUUCCCCUAACCACUGCAAUACAAUGAACCUUUGUCUAAACAUUACACGAACGUUCAUGUAACAUUAGAUUUUCAGUUCCCAAAACAUUUGGGGAUCCUUCCGAUGCAUAAUAAGACACAGCAAGCUGCGCUUUUCAAUCAAGCUGUGCAGCAGUGAGCUGGCUGUCGUGGUCCUUGUGGGAAGGGAAUAUGGAGUCUGAUCCGAUCGGUGCGCAGGGCACGCAUUGGGGGAUACGUGGCGUGUGACGGAGCACGAACUUACGAGGUUAAGCGCUGCCAGCUCGUCAGCGGCAACCCCCGCUCUGCGAAGUCAGCGUAGUAAAAUAAAUGGAUCUUCUUCAGUCGGCGUGAAGCUGUUUUUCUAUAUGCCACUAGAUUAACACCAGCUUUGUCCUACUUUCCCAGCGUUUGGCUCAGACGCCGCCGGAGGACGCAGACUCGCAUCCGCGUGUUUAUUCAAUUAUUGGCGUCAUUUUCCAGCCGGAGCAGGAAAACGCCAGCGCUAGGCUACGCCGCAGGCAGUUAGCGGAUGCCGUUCACUUUGCCAGCAGAUGUUAUAGGUACCUGCGUAUCUGCUGAUACCCAUCGACACCACCACACGAGUUUUACAUUCUUCAGUCUUCCAGUCUGCCAUCCUCUGAGGUGUGACACGGCCAGUCCACCAUUCGCCUGAGUUCAUUCAGAAAAUUAAGAUGAUAUUUUGGUGCACGUCUGUGAAUAAAAUAGAAAAGACAGCCUGAAAUAUCAUCAGAUGCUCUGCACGGCUAUAUGGAACGCGAGCCCCUGACGCUGCAGCUGUUUAUCGGCACUGCCGACGACCGCCUGCUGCGCCCCCACGCAUUCUACCAGGUGCACCGCAUCACCGGCAAGACCGUGUCCACCGCCAGCCAUGAGGUCAUGCAGUGCAACACCAAGGUGCUGGAGAUUCCCCUGUUACCGGAGAACGGCAUGCGUGCCAUAAUCGACUGUGCCGGGAUCCUGAAGCUGCGUAACUCGGACAUCGAGCUCCGGAAAGGCGAGACGGACAUCGGGCGCAAGAACACACGCGUGAGGAUGGUGUUCCGCGUGCACAUCGAGCAGCCUGGUGGCAGAACCGUGUCACUGCAGGCCGCUUCCAACCCCAUCGAGUGCUCCCAGCGCUCAGCACAGGAGCUGCCGCUGGUGGAGAAGCAGAGCUUGGACAGCUGUCCCACCACGGGAGGCAAGAAUAUGCUCCUGAGCGGGCACAACUUCCAGGCCGACUCGAAAGUGGUGUUUGUGGAGAAGGCCCAAGAUGGUCACCACAUAUGGGAAACUGAGGCCAAAGUUGACAAGGAUUCCAUCAAAUCGAGCGUGAUGCUGGUCGAACUGCCACCAUACCGAAAUCAGAGGAUAUCCAGUCCCGUGCAGGUGAACUUCUAUGUCUGCAACGGCAAAAGGAAGAGGAGUCAGUUCCAGCGUUUUACAUACCUGCCCACCAAUGUACCAAUAAUAAAAACGGAGCCGAAUGAUGACUAUGAGCCCACACUGUGCAGCCAGGGGGAGCUCAGACUUCCGGUGACUUCUAAGGCCUUCUACAGCCCCCCCGUGGCCCCCUCGGCGGUAGCGGGAGAGCCCCAGCCCGGCCUGGGCGGGUACAUGCCCUGUGCCCAGCGCCACGUGACCGUGCCCUCGUCCCCCAGCUCCAGCCCCAGGCUGCACGACCUGUCCGCGGCCUCCUACCCCAAAUGCCUCUCCGCCGGGCCGCCGCAGCCCCCAGGGCUCCAGCCUUCUCUCCCAGGUGUGUCCCCAGGCGCCACCCCGGGCUCCCUUUGCCCCCUAGUCAUGCUGCAGCCUCAGGCCACUUCCCAGCUCUCUGGGUCCUCAGGCGGCCGCCCUCACGGUUAUCGGCGCUCCGCCGUUUACCCGGACAGCAGCCCCGCCUCCUCUCCCACCUCCCACCCCUCCACCCCUAGCACGGCGCCGGAGGUUCCGUUCGGUGUGGCCUACAGCCCGCCCCGGCCACCUAGCACGCUCGACCCUGUCACCCCCCCAGCCGGGAACGGCUCCUCUGCCCUGAUGCAGGGGGCCGAUCGCCCCCCCGCCCUGCCCGUCAGCGUCAAGCAGGAGCCCCAAGAGCUCGACCAGAUGUACUUAGAUGACGUCAAUGAAAUCAUAAGAAACGAUCUCUCCAGCAUAUCAGUACAUGGGCACGCGUAACCACUGCAGAGUCACCAGAGCAGGCGCAGACCCAGGAAGUGACAAAGAUGUGAUCUGGAAGAGUGAAAAAGUGUGUUUUUAUUGACCCCAAGACAAUGGAGGACUGCGUGCGAAGAGACUGUUAUGUUCCACAGUAAAUAGCGACUGAAUCUCCGGUCAAAGAGCAGUGCAGUCUGCGGACCAAGAAGCUUCUUUUUUUAUUGUUUUUGCAAAGUCAAUCAUUGUGUGAGAAAGAGCAGCAGGAUUCUGGGUGAACUUACAGAGAGGGUCUCCCAGUGAUGCGUGCCUUAGUCUACCAGCAAAACGAGGAUGCUGAACCUUUUCAUUUGCAUUAAACUAAAAUGUUUUCUCUUUUAUUGCCAUUCAGAUUAUUGGGUGUUUACAUAAAAACAACAAAAAGUGUCAUAAAAAGGGUAGAUCAUCGACAAUCCAAGGCCUCUGUGGCAAAAGAAGCUACAGAUUUGCAGAAAAACUGGAAGAAUAUUUUAGUGCCUUAUUUUUUAACACUCUUUUGUAACACUGUGAUGUAUAUGGCUUGGUUGUGGUGUUUUUAGCUUGCUUGCUAUAUAAAAAUGGGAUGUUUAAACAUUAGACAGCACACAAUUCACCUGUUUAAGUACAGUACCUAACAGUGUUGUAGAAGUUCUGUAAUGUAUACAAAAAAGUAACAGACAUUCUGUGAAAAAUUACAAUCAGUCGGCAUUUUAUUUCGCGGGAUGCAGAAUGAAAGAUUUUUUUACAGCUUUACAACUGCAUAUAUUUCAGAUUUACAUUAAUGUUUUGAUUUUUUUAUAUUCAGGCUAAAGUACAGUUUAUCCAAAGAAUAAUCAGCCCCAAAUUUAUCCUGCCUUUAGAGAUAUUUAGAGGGCUUGAACUGGAGAAGUACACAUUUUAGAAAAUCAACAAACUGUCAUUUAAGAUAAUAAAUACAGUUGAGUCUAAUCCAACAGAUCUGCUGAAAUUCAGCAGAUUAGCCAGGGAAUCAUGUAAAGGAAUGUUGGAUUCUCGAUGAUCUACUGCUACCUUAAGCUUUUUACUUUCUUUGCCUUAAUCUUUCUAUUCAGCAGUUAGUUUGUAAAUAUUUACGGUCAUUCUUACCAUUUACAUGAUGCAUACACACCUAUAGUUAUUUUUGAUCUGCUCUUCACAUACUCGUAAAUUAUUCCUGCUUGCACAAGGGGUGCAUGCUCUGUUUGUGAAAGAUUUGUUCCCAAAGUAGAUCUGAAGUCACAGAAUGUAGCAUUUUGAAGCUGACUUAUGUAGUUGUAAUUCUUGAGGAGCUAAAUCUAAUGAAGACAUUCAGUACUGAGUUACAGCAAAAAAGGGACUCAGGUAUCCAGCUUCACAACUCUGAAGACUGGGGAAGACAGGUAGUGAUCAGGAAUUUCUCUGUCUUGGCAGAACUCUGCACUGUAACGGAAUCAAAUAUCCAGAUCUGAUUAAUGCAGCAAACUGACUAAUGUUGUUUGAAGAGCAAUCAGCAAUCAUCACAUCAAGCAGAAAUACUUCCACAAGUAUUUAUCACUUCAAACAAAUGGCUUUAUUUUGAGGUUAAUGCUUUCUUAUAUUAAAUCUACCUGUAAUACAUUAUGUGUAAUUUGGUGUUUCACAGAGGAAAAUAUGACUCAAAUCUGACUUUUUUUCUCUCCUAAAAUGAUGUUUUUCUUUAAAAUUCAUUGUUUUCUUAAACAAAUUAUGUGCAUUUUCAUGUUUUUUGUUUGUUUUGUUUCUUUUUCUGGGGGGGGGGUUUGCAACAAGAUAGCAAUAAUAAUUUGCUUGGAACCAAAGGUUUUUCCUUUGGGAAGGAAAUAAUUGUUUGAGCUUUAAUUUCUAGCUGUUCUAACCAUUAGCAGUAGCUAUAUGCCUUUUAAACUAUGUAAGCACUUUAAAUAUUGAUAGUAAACUGUUGUUCCUGCAUCCGAUCAAAUGAAUUUUGUCAAAGAAAAAAAACACAGAACAUUUGACAAAAGUUAACCACAAAUUUUCUUCUUGUAGAAGAUCCAUGAUCUUCAGCAUAUUCUAAAGUUAAUUGUGUGUAUCUCCUUACAGCAUAUAGAAUCCAAGCCUUUUCUAUUAUUAGCUUCCUGUAAUGGCUGAUUAUAUACAAUGUAUCCAGGCUGAAUAGAUGCCUGACAAUCAUAUAUUGUGCCUUAUCCUUCAUUGUCUCAGUUUGUCAGGAUUGUUACUAGCUUUGCUUAUUCAGGCAUACGGUGAAAUUAAGCCUCCUUAAAUAUGAAAUAUUUAUGGGAAUUCAAGGAGGUAUUCUACAGGUCUUAUGUUCCAUAACAUUAACAUAUACAACGUCACAUAAGCCAUAUUGUCAAUAUUUGCUAAUUUACUGUGAAAUCAUAACCAAAACGUGAGUUAAGAUUUAACAAAACAAUCUGAUACAUUGUUGUUGCUGUUACAACUGCUACAUGACAUCAAAAAAACCAAACUCAGCAUCUCUGUGGUUUUGGUGCAAAUGAUUGACAAAAAAUGUUUUGCUGAUCUAAUGUCCUCCCAGUCAUGUCCUGGAUAAUGUAAUAAACAAAAUAUACAGUUUAAAGAA